GUAAUCAAUGGCGAAUUUGUAGUUGUGUAGAGUUGAUCGGCAAAACUGCGAAAAAAUGACAGUGUCCGUGGUACAACAUUCGCACGCGACAAUGGUCCUUUGACAUGAGUCCAAACUCAAUAAAUCAACGGAAUAAUCAUCAACAGUGGAAGAGUCCUGACGACAAUGUGCGAUAAUAGGGGGCGAAAUGAACAGGCAGACAUGAGAGGCGAGAAAAGCUCUUCGACCCGUAACUUCUAAGCAAAAAGAACUUAAACUCGAAAAAUGGCUGAGGACUUCGUGAACGCCACGCACCCCUCCUUCUCGGGGCUGGAGCCAGCGAGUUCCUACUGGAACUACUCAGACCACGUAAUCCUGGACGACCUCAAAAUGGACAGUAACUUCAUCUACCUCCUCUGCUCGUUAGUCUCAGCGAUCUCCUGGUUGAUCUACAUAACGUACUACAACUCUCGUGUCAUCGGUUUCAUCCUGACACGUUUGCUCAAUCGCUUCAUAAUCCGAGACGGCUACGUGAAGGUGGGUGCCUUCACUCUGAGCGCCCUGAGUGGAAAAAUAAUGUUCAGAGAUAUCGUGUACAUAACAACGGACUACAGCCUGAGGAUCCAGGACGGCUGGUUGAUAUUCAGAUGGUGGAGGAGUUACGUGCCUAAGGAUGUCUCUGAAGAUCUCUCCCACUCGGACACGAGACUCUCAGUCCUGCUGAAUGGCUUCGAGCUCCACGUCUACAACAGAUGUGAACUCUACGCCCACCUGGAGGAGACAUUCGGCCUGUCCCCGCAGAUGUUCCCAGACGAGGACAACCACAACGCCAACAACAUCAACGAGAAGGACUCAGAGUCCAUAAACAACACAGCCAACGAAUUCCGACAGCAGAUAAACGCAAUGGACGUCUCGAGGCACGUGGAGAACAUCAGGAAACAGGAGGCCCACGUCAUAGCCCGAACCUGGAGGGAUUUAAUUCCAGUUAUAAAGCUGGAUGUCUGCACUGGAAGACUGGUCUUUGGCAAUCGUCUGGUCCCAACAACUCUGUCGUUGACUGUCGAAGAAGCUCACUUUGUUUACUCAACGAAGCCAGCAGCAUCUAGACACGAUCACUUCAUGCAUUUCACCAAAUGCAAGGCUGAAAACUUCAAAGUCAUCCUCGCACCCUCGCCUAAGUACACGGGGAUGGUUGAUGAUCCACCCAGGUACAUGGGGGAGGGCUUCGUAGUGCUGAGCUCCAACAACAUGGAGGUUUAUUACUACAUGGACGAGCCUGGGGUCGUCCCUGAGCAUCCUGAGAUGAUCAGGCUCGCCAAUGGGGACAUGGUGGAGGCAAUGCCACCCAUCUGGGGGAUUGACGUCAAGUGUGGGAAGGGGACUGACUUCUCCUACGGGCCCUGGGCAGACAGACAACGCGAGCAUCUCUUCAAGUUCUUUUUUCCCAAUGACUAUCAGCCACUGAAGGUCACCAAAGCCCCUUCUCCUGGGGACAAGAGACAGGUCCAGUCCUUUGACAUCAGGCUGUCGACUCUCAACGAAGCAACUGUCGAUAUUUUGUUCAGCAAGAACAGGGAGACCAAUGCUGUUCAUGUUAAUGUCGGACCUGGUUCUUAUCUAGAGGUGACGAUGCCCUGGAUUGUCCUUCAGGAUGGUUACACCACCAAAAUAACUGGGCAAUUGCUGCACCUCGAGGCCACCACCAGCCUUCAAUACAGAAGUCUCGUUGAGAGUGAAACACUGGAGUUUGGAGUCAAGUGUCAUUAUCCAAUCAGAUGGAAUGAUCAUCAGGAGUGGACAUUGAAUUUAACUGGAUGCAAAGCAACAGCGAAUUUAGUUUAUUCACACAAAGAGUUCUUUCAAGACAUGAUCAACGACUGGGCGAGCAAAGCAAGACCUGACAUUCUGCAUUUCGUCCCUUACACUUGGAAAUUCAGUCUUCUGCUGAAGGAGUUUGAGUUGAUAACUAUUUGUAAUGAGUACAAUUGGAUCGACUGUUCCUCCCAGAAUCAGGAGAACUCUCACAUCGCAUUUUGUGGGGAUUUCUUCGAACUCUCAUUCAGCCUGCCUUUUGUUGAUUUUCUCCCAGUCACCAUUCCCCUGGGCUUUUGGAUCCAAGGCGAGAGUGUUGAUUUAUCUCUGUAUCUACCUGAAGUCAAUACAAGCAGAAUUAUCCUCUUGGCACUGGAUAAGAAUGCGAAAAUCAUGACGAGGGAUGGGAGCUGCAAGCAAUUAUCUGAUUUGACGAAGCAGAAGAAGUGGAGGAACGUCUGCCAGAAGGGCCUCGGCUGGAUCGACUGCUGGAGUGUUCCCAUCGUUGCCAUCAGCAUUCACUACACUUACCACCCCUGCCCUCCACUGGGUCCAACACCACAAGCCAACAUAACAACCCCAGAGAAGGAAGAGAUACUCUUGUCACCAAUGAGAAUCCCCCGGUGCAGGAAGUCGCCAGGACUUCAGUGGACCCAGGAUGGAAGUCAGAAGUUCGAUCCCCAGUCGAUAGCAUCUGACAAAGUCUCCCUGGAACUGGAGAUCGGGCCAUCGACUCUGAUCAUCUACGGAUCCCUCAUCAAGAACUUUCUGCAUUUGAAGGAGAACAUCUUCGGGGAUUAUCAGGCCUUCACCGACAUGCAGCAGAGUCGGCCAGUUCAGAAUUCAGAGAGAAACAGCAAGGACAGAGACAAUCAGAACAGCUCUGUGGAGGCAUCUGUCGAGGAUGAAGACACAAAGUCCCCUAAACCCUUUGACCCCAGGCACUAUCGACCAAUUGAAGUGACAGUUGGGAUUACGAUGCACGACAUUCAGGGGCACUUGGUGAAGAAUUGCAACGAGAAUGAUCCACCCUGUCCUGUCAUUCUCCUCGAGAGAUUCGGAUUCGAGCUCAAGAAGGGCUUCAGGGAGACUGAACUCCAGCUGCUUCUGUCGCCAGCUGUCAUGCUGCUGACUGACAACGUCGUGAGAUCAGGCAAGGAGAGACACCUGACGCAGGGGCACCUGAUGCUGUCUGCCCUUCAGGUUCGUGGGCAUGCGAUGUUCAGCUCUGAGGGACGAAGCCUGGAUCAGGAGACCCUGGAGUACGCCUGGCUGAUCGAGGUUCAGUUGGGGAAACUCAGUGGGAAGAUCACUUCUCCCCAGCUUCAUCACUUAGUCACUUCCCUGGAGACGUUUGUCCUCAUGGUCAUGAAUAAGGAGAACAUUCUGAGACCCCCUGGACUCCCCCAUCAGUGCCACCAUGGGCUGCCUCCACUCCAGUGCCCAGAGAGCGACCCUGACAGUCACUACAGGUGUCCAAGCUCAGAGGACAUCAAGUACAGGAUGACUAGAGUCGCUGUUGAUGCCAUUGAUCUCUAUCUCCAGGAGGCUGGAACUGCCACUCAACUGUGGGUCUCGCCAAUCAGAAUUUCCACCUGCAAUCUCCAUGGACAUCAGGUUAAAUCAGGAGUGACGGGGCUCAUGCCGACGAUUCUGAUGAGACAGUUUGUCUAUGCUGGUGGACACUUUGCUAACAACAGUUCCAAUGGCACUAAUACCACUGGGAGUGCUAGGUCUCACACGAACACCAGCAGCAGAAUGUCUGGGGAUGGCUCGGAUAUUUGGCUCGAGGUGGGAUCGGUUUCUCUCGGGCCAGUCAUCAUCGAGGCUGCCAUCUCGCUGCCCACGCCUGAGCACAAUCUCCAUCUGGUGCAGAACAAGUACCUGAAGACUCACGAUGAUAAGACGAAGAGACUGUGGUUUCUGUGGCCGCAGGAGAGCGGGGUGAAACCGGCCAAGUGCGGCUGCAUUGGGGGCUGCGCCUUCUUCGGGGGUAACAGGAAUGGACCGAGGUUCUUCAAACCCACUUAUCAUGAUCUUCAGGAUGGGAUUAAUAUCGCUGCGUACCGACUCCACAACUCGGGAAAAGAAAAGGGUUUCGGUCAGUCAAUCCUCCACGAGGACAAAUUGGUCUUUCACACACCCCCUUACAGUCUCCAAGACGUCUCCCUCCAGGACAUAAUUCAGCCAGUAUCAGGUUUGAAAGUACCAGUGUUCCAGGACACCCCCCAGACCUCAAAACCCAGUGUAGAACGUUCAACAUCAGCAAUAGACGAGGAGAACAACAGCACAAAGUUGAGCACAACAUCAGAAAGCCCAAUGGCAGGCGAUCGAAAGAUCCUGAGUCGUCGUUUCUCCUACACGUCGAUCAGAAGCUCGAACCUGAGAGAUGUGCCGUACUCAAGACUGGUGGACGCGAGUCCCUCUACCCAACUCCCUCAGAAGCUCGAUUCAGACUCUAAACUCAAUUCAGAACGAAGUAAAUCAAUCCUGAAUGUUCCUGAGAUGGAGAACUGCCCGAAGAGCAGUGCAUCCGACUCGAAAUUGGCAGUUGACUAUUUCAAUUCGCCAACAGAGACCGAAUUACUCCAGCAGAGUGCUAGCCCUCACUCCCUUCCCAGUGUCACGACUGACCUCAGAGUCUUGAGGACUGGGGCGAUGGCCAAGAGCACGGACAGGGUCAACGCAUCGGACUCGCAGCACUCCCUCUACACGAGAUCAGAAUCUGAAGACAGACUCAAGCAGGAAGUCCAGAGGACGAUAUCCAUGUCCUCGGAGAAUCAUUCAGAAGCUUUCUACUCCGCUGAUGAGGACACGAGUCACGGUCUGGCUGGCAGCAGAACCUCGAGUCUUCGGCAAUCAAUAGCGUCAGCUGGCCCGACAUUAGUGAGAAACGACAGUACGAAGAAAAAAUACUCCUCCGAUCUGUCAAUCGUCGAGAGUUCAGCCGUGAAUAUCACCGUUACCGAGAAGGCCCACACGCUGGAGAGAACGAAGCCCCACACGACCUCCAGGAAGAGUCCGAAGGUCCACCAGAGCCGGGAGUUGAAGGGGAAGAGUGGAAGCCCCAGUGAACGAAAGAUCCUGAACGACUCGUCUGACUCGCACUCUGGGUCCUCCUCCAGUUUCAUCUCAGCUGUGUCCUCCCAGGAGGACAUGACACUCGUCAAUCUCCACAUGCAGAUGAACAAGCCAAUCGUCGACUCUCCAUUACUCAUGUCGAGUUAUGUCAGCCAUUUGAGCCAGACCAAGUGCUCCAACUGGCAUCAGUCAUCGUUUCCCUCGGCCAGCGAUGCCUUCACAACUCCAAUGUUCAAGAGGACUGAAGAGGGGAGACUUGUCUACGUGGGGGGAAGGUACGUCCCGAAAUUCGAGACUGUCAGCGAGGGCUUCACCUCGCUGAAGAUGGUGACGAGGAGCGAUGGCUCGCCCUUGGCAGGAUCCUCCAAUAAAACCCCGACCCAUCCUUACCUCUGGGACAACUCAGCUCUCAUACAAUCAGAGAGCGAGGAGGAUAACACGACUAAGGACGAGGAGGAGCUGCUCGCUGUGCAGCACGAGACAGGAUCCAGAACAACUGUCAUCGUCAAACUCAAGGGGGACGCGGACAUCAUGUUGAGUCCUAUGGUUCUGGAGUCCCUCCAGAGGUUCAUCGACGCCCUCACCCCGACUCUAGCCAAUCUCCAUUCCCUGACCAUUCUCAAUCACCUGCAUAACGAGUGCAUUGGCAGAGUCGAGGACGCCAACAUCCUGAAGCAAGAUCAGAGUUUGUCGUAUUGGAGCCAAGUGCAGACGAGUUCGAAGAGAUCGACCGCCGAGAGGAACAUCAAGAUGGGUCAGGGUGAUGAGACGAGUAAGAUCGCUCUUCAGACCAACGUCUACGAGGAGAGCAUCACGACGCAGGUCCAGGGGAGCAUAAUCCUGCCGAAGAUCAACAUAACUCUGCUGCAGGCUUCGGUCGUCGAGGAGAUCAUAUCCUUCUCGGCCCUCGACAACAUCAGGGACUUGACUUGUGUCUCCUUAUUUGCCAUUUGUCUGGAUCAAGUCACAGCGCGGUUUUACCUCGACAAACAGGCGAGGGAAGUCGUGCAGACGUUCCACAAGCCAGCAGUCCUCCCGAAUCAGAAGAAAGUGAACAAAAUCAGCAAAGCUUUCUUGACUGGUCAUCAAUCGGCUGCUGUGGUCACUGACAUUGGAGCUGGAGAGACUGUCUACAUUGAGACCUCUGAGAAGCAGCAGGAGGAGAUAAUCAUCACCCUGAACAUUGGAAAGGUUCACUCGCAGUUGAGGAGACUCAGGAAUGAGUCGUCGAUCCUGAAAGACGCUGUUAUCACUGCUAUUCCUGGCCACUACUCCAAAGUCUUGUUCACCUGCACCAGGAUCUCAUCGCCCUUAAAGUGCAUUGAUUACUAUCUCCAUCAACCCUCUGAGGACGGCAGCAGGGAUAAGCAGACCAAGCAGUCAGGACCUCCUCAGGCGACUGAGGAGUUCACCGUUGGCAGUGGAGAGGACAAACUGGGCUUCAUCAUGUUUGAGUGUGGCCUCGAGGGGAUCAAGUUGAAAGUAGUCAAGAGAUCGCAGUUUGAGAAGGGCGAGAAUGGCCAGAGCGAGAAGAAAAAUGAGACUGAGAUUUUUUACACUGACAGUGUGAAGAGCCACGAGGAGAUCGAGACGAAGGACUCAACCCCCGCAGCUGAUGAGGACACCGCGAAAAACGAUAAGAAGGAGCAGGAGGACAAAAAACAAGCCAACAAUUCCACAAGUCUCGUUACCAAAAUGGCCAAUGGCAACACAGUCUCUUGUAUCAUUGAGUUGAAGACAAUUUGGUUCAAUUUUGCAGCACCACCGAGAACUCCAAUCACCAGAAAAAUUGAUUUCACACGGUUGGACUGGAAUUUACUCAGCACUGCUUCACCUGCCAUCAACGCCUGGAUGAACCCCAGCAACAGAUUUGCCAUCAGGAUUGUUCACAUGUUCAGGAGCAUGUACAGACGAUCGACUGCUAUUGUCGCUUGUCUGAUGGCUGAGGCUCUCGAUGUUCAGGGCAUUCACAUGCCCAUCAAGAGCAGAUAUGGCAGGCUCACACCACUCGCUAAAACUCUUCAGGAGGAUCCUUCCUGUCAGCUCUGCUCCAUUCUACAGCACUACGUUUUGAUGAGCGACUUGCAGACGAUUGACGAUAACCUGAGGGAAAAUGAAUUGCCACUUUUGUCGACGUUGAGGCAGGGGGUCAUCGUUCUCAGUAGACAGUGGAAAAAUGUUCUCUAUACUCCACUUCUGCUGGAACACAACUACAAAACUAAACAUGUCAAGCCUCUCAACGUGACGUUCGCUGUAUCUGAUCCUGAUGACGAGAAUUUGCUGACGGACGGUGAAGGUAGUGCUGGCGAUGGUGAUGAUCAAGAGGUCACUGACGAGUGUGCCAUGCUCAUCCACACGGAUCACAUUUACAAGCACACGCAGAUUAAAGUUGGACAGGAAAAAUCGACAGGUACUUGUGGUGAUGGUCUGACGGUACCAGUGAGCUCACCGAGGGGUCAGACAACGCCUCUGUCGACACCUGUACCUCAAAUCGAUUCAUUAACGUCACCAUCACCCCCUGUUGUACAUAGUAAAAGGGGAAAGUCACUUCAACCUACUCAGGUACCCGUGAGUUCACGUGCCAGCAUUGUAUUUCCCUUGCUUGCUGGGGGUGGACUGUUCAGUCAACCCAAGGAUCCUAACAACAUCAGCUAUGGAACUCUGCGAGAAGAGAAACCCCCGCAGAUCCACAUCUCUCACUCCCAUCAACUGGGAUCCAAUCCGAGUAUUUAUUCCGUGGGUCAUGGGAGUCAUCACAGCACUGGGAGUGGUGAUGACAUGACGUCCCCCACUAUUCAUCACUCACGGGGGCACAUCAAUACCGAGGAGGAUCUGUACAGUUGGAUGGCGAAGCAGCAGGAGUUCAUCAAGGAUAACGAUAAGAGUAAUUUGAGGGGCAAUUGGGUCUUUCGCACAGAGCAAAAGGCAGCCAAGGAUUCCAAGAUCAAUACGAUGACAACAGACGACACAGAGGACUCAGACAUGCACAGUGGGGCCUACCUCUACCCAAUGAAGGACUCCCUGCGUCUCCUGGACGCCCACCUGAUCUUCGAGCCUCUCUUGUCCUCUCUCUCAGUGAUGCCACAGCAAAUGUUGUCAGCCAUAGGUGCAGGAAACCUCAACAACGUCUCGUCUCUGGACUCCCUGGGUUCGAACCUGUCCCUGGUGGGCACAAUGGACACCAUGAGGAUCGACAUAGUGGUCUCAGAGAUCGGCAAAGUAGCCGACAAGAAGAAGCCCCCGAAGAUACCCAAGAAAGGCUCGAAAUUUACCCUGGACAUACCCCCUGAGACACCAGCAUUCCUCUGCGAGAGAAUAGGAAUAGACAUUGAUAUCAAGAAGAUGGCUGACAUGACAGUGGACGAUAUGAUCCAGAGGCAGAAUGUCCUCUACAUCUCCAGAGGACAAUUGAAGAAGCACACGAGUACAGUUGUUAAUUUCAGUCUCCACAUCAGGUACAUCAGCCAACAAGUCAACAUGCCACUGCUUCGUCUCCUCCACCAGAUCAGCAACAUGUACCAGAACGUGAAGGAAACCCAGAUGGAGUUGAAGGAGCAGCAGCCGGACCCCAAACGAAACGUCAAUCUCCCAGUGAACGAGGAGCAUGGAAACAUAAAAAAAGGAUUGUCCUCGAACUCAGACAUCCAGGAGCAGUUAUUAAUCGGUAAGAAAAUGGAGGAGCCUCUCCUGAGGAAGGACUUUGACCCCAGCCAGCCGAAGGUCAUCUCCCCCACCUCGAGCAUCCGUUCUCGACCCCAGAGCUUCGUCCAGAAAUUCCGAAGCACUGGAAAAAGUGUCAAGGGGUACAUAAACCUGUCAGAGGGCGUGAUAACCCCGAGCUUUGGAGCCAGUCCCAGCAGUUCAGGCCUCGAGAAAAUUUCUAUUAUCUCAGACAAAUGCAAGGGCGCAUCUAACAACUUAACUCCACGAUGCUGGAAGACAAUCUACUACCUUUUGGACCUCUACGCCACUCGUCCAGAGACGAAAACGAUAACUCACAGGUUCUCUCUGUCAGCUGAUUCUGAACAGUACAAGGGGGGAAAGAAAUACGAGAGUUUGAAUGAAACGGCGAAGGAUCAGGACGUGGAGAAGGGAUUGAACGAUCACUCGUUCACUCCAGUGCCACCUCAGAGGGACCUGAAUGUCGUUGCUGGGGAGAGGACUAGACUCAUCAUCUUCGGAGUUGCUAGGAUCCAUCGUACGAGACUCCUGGCGACUCUCAGUGGGCUCAAACUGGAGGCUGAAAUCACGAGUUUGCACGCUAGCUUCACCUGCAGGAAGAAAUCCAAGCCAGCGAGUUUGGAGUGCAGUUUGACUGGACAAAUCGGUAGAACAAUGAUUGUUCUGUUAGAAGGUGUUGCACCUAAUCAACAGACUGUUGUUAAGGUCACAGUGGGGAAGAGUCAGGCGCUGUAUUCAAGUGUCUCGAGACGUCAGAAGGAUAAAAACAGUGGCCUCUUCACCAUAGGUGCUGUUAACAUUGACAUUCCCCAGCAUCCAGUUGCUCUCCAUGGGAUGAUGACGAGGGGAAGCAAGCAGUUGUCAUCUACUCUUCAAGAGCUCAGGGUCACGAGAACGUCCUCGAGACUCUCCAGGGGACAGCAGCAGGAGGACUCGGAUGCUCCAGGCAGUCCUCAUCAUUACGUGGAGAAGCAGACAGAGCCUGAGGAGAAACCUGUGGCUGGACCAAGCCUCCUCGAACCCAUUGUCAUGCAGUUCCACAUAAUUCUUCAAAGUUUGAGCAUCACUGCUGCCUUACUACCUUCCCUUCAAGCACAGUACAAAAUGGACCAGGUGAAUUCAUCAGGAACAACUGGGAGUAAAGCCAAAUUCACGAUUGAUCUGCCCCAUCAUUCGCUCAGUUUCACCACGAAACUUCAGGUUACUGAAGCUAAUUUACCAUCAGAAGCUAGUAUCGAGCUUCCCAAGGUUCAUGUGUCUGCUGAGUACAUUCAGGAUGGCACCAGCAGUCUCAAUGACAGCAAACUCGCCGAUGGAGUUGUGUUGAAGCAGGGAAGCUACCUGAAUGCCACUGCUGACAUCGGGGUCUUCGAGAACUCCCUGACGACUGAUUUAUUGAAUCACCUGGUGUUCGUGCAGAAGGUCUUUAUGAAGGAAGUUAACGAGGUCGUGCAGAAGGUUUAUGGGGGUGAGAAACCAGUGCCUCUGUGGCUAGAGGACGAAGAACCCACUGCCACAUCGAGCUUGAAGAGAAUACUGUUCUCCCUCGUCAUUAGAUUGAAGAGGAUUCAGCUGACAGCAACUACUCCUACGAAUUCUGCUCUUCGUUUUGAGACUGGUGCCGUCGAGUUUCAACUCUCCAACAGAGUGCAGAAUGUCUCGGGCUCUGCACAACCCAAUCCACACACUAAAUUAUUCGGCAAAGCUCAAUUGGAUAUUAAUCUGUCAUUAGGCCAGUUGUUGAAGAAUGUGAUGUUCGAAGAGGCGGAGCCAGAGUUCCAACAGUUUGCCUUUUUCAAUACGAGAGUUGAUCUGCGAAAUGCCUUUCAGGAGGAGAUGUCUCAAGAGGCCGAUAACGAAGUUGUUCUGAUAACUCUCAAGAGACCGUUGAUCUACAUUCAACCCAUGGCUAUUGACAAAGCCAUUCUCGUCUGGUUGAAUUACAAAAAUGCUUAUGAAUAUUGGAACGAGAAGAGAGCUAAUCUGAACAAGGAAGUGCUGACAGCAACUCAACAGGUCUUCGAGAAGGUGCCCUUUGGGCAAUUGACGUCACAAUUGAGCUCGCAGAAUCUGGGAACACUUUUUCUGCAGCUGACUGUCGAUGACAUGGGCAUUUGUGUUCCUCUCAAUCCAUUGCCACCCAACAACUGGGGGAUGACGAGGGGUCUGUACGAUGGGGAGUCCAGGGGGGCUGUCGUGGUGACUCUGGAGACUGCCAGCAUCUCGGCCUGCAGCAGUGGCAGUUUAGUCAGCAAGGGAAGGUUCGUUGGACUGUGUCUCAGGUUUGCUGAUGACUUUGAGACUUCUCUGGACGACUGGAAGCCGGAUAUGAAUGAUAGCAAUAUUAUGAAUCUUUGUGUCGUGUCUGAGGGGACUUAUGAGAUAUGCAGCAGGACUGUUGCACAGAAACAGGAUAAAUCUGACAACGCCAAGUGGCUUUUAAACGUCCAAUGGCAGAUGGAGGGAGUUGACAUUCAUCUGGACACUAAUGUGGGACAACAGCUCUCGGCACUGGGUCAUACCCUGACUAUGCUCGCUGGCUCUGAAGAGGACGACGCCAAUGCUUCAGCAGAGUACGACAGUGAUGAUGUCGACCAGCCAAACCUUGGAACUAGCCAGGUUAAGAAAAAAGAGAAUAUUCUGAUUAAAAAAUCGAAGAAUUGGACAGACAGUCUUCCGGCCUUCGUCUUCGAUCCCUCUCUCGACGCAAAGAAGCGUUCUAAACUCAUCGAGAAGGAGAUGAACGAGCAAGCGAAGAUAAUCAACGACCUGCGAUCACUGGGAGCCUCUCACGGUACAAUCGAGCAAGAAAUGAAGCGCCUGCAGGAGCUGGAGGCAGUUGUCUUCAAGGAUUUCCGUCGUGAUAUGAUUCAGAAGCUCAGGAGGCAGUCGGUUAAGGCCUCUGGGAUAAAAGGAAAACUCGGUUUAGGGUCCAAAUCGAAUACCUACAGAUCCAGGUCCUUCAUCGUUCCCUCUCCAACCCCAGAGCAUCAGCUGGAGUCGCCAGAGGACCUCAAUGCAGAGGUCAAUUCAGCUAAUUCAGCGAGCUACGAGAGCAGCCCUCGAAGUGGCCCAAGUCGAUCGGCUUCACUCAGGGUGAGGAAUCUGGGCGGUCCCAGGGUGACAUUCAGUGAUACUCACACAAUGUGUCGUCAGUCGUCCCUUCCUAGUGCCUCGUCGGAGCUCAGUCUGCCUGAGGGCGAGCUCGACUGGCCGGAGACGAUUGAAAUCGAAGGGGAGCAGGUGGAACUCAGGAGGAAGAGGCCUGAUGGCAGCUGUGCAUCCAGCUACGACAGCAUGGAGGGUAAUGCCCCCCUCCUCGACUCUUUCGCACGAGAGCAGACGUCAACUACUUCAUCCCCUCACAUUGUGCCUCAGAAGCCUCAGGAACCCAACAUAGACUUUGAAUUCGACGUCAAAGUCCUCAUUAAUUCCGGAAAAUGCGUUCUGCAUACGAAGGACCCCAGCAAAGAGGACGAGUUGAAGUUGAUAAGUAGGAUGAAGAAGGAGAGGUCGUGUUCGGGUGGAAACUUUGACUUUCAACCGAGUAGUCCGAGCUCUAGCAGAAAACACUUGAGUGGAAAGGAAAAAUCGUCGUCCACUGGGUCGCGAGUCAGGUACUUCCAGCACAUGAGUGCUGUGCCCCUGGUUGAUUUGUCAAUUUUUCACAUUCCUGGGCUCGAUGUCAAGGUUCAUUAUGAAUCCAAGACCCUUGCUGAGGACAGGCUACCGGAUCUUCAGCAUCAGAAUCCAAUGUCACUUCCAACUAGGAAAAUUGGGACGAAGAAGGCUAGCUUGCUGGCGUGGGUCACGCUUCAGAGUAUUCCAGAGGAGACCAUCAUCAGUCCCCACAUCCUUGAGUAUUUAGAACAGACGCUGGAGCCUAUACCUGGUAAAAUACUACUUCCAGGGGGUGGACAGACCACAAACUCAGUCUUUCCGAUGGAGAAUGAGAGCUCCUCGUGGGCUGCAACAGCAGCAAGCUCCAACUACGUCUAUGCCAGUUUUCCAGUUGAUGUCAUCGUUUAUUUCCACAGUCAACCAUCGACAUUCAGGUUCUCGUGUUUACCUGUGUCGAGGGUUGAGUGUAUGCUUCAAUUACCAUCACUGGACAUAGUGGCAUCGAGUAAAAGAGCCGAGGAGGAGCUCCCAGAGUUCAACGAAUCGAAUAAUCAUCAUCAGGAAAAUUCCUCUGGCAGAAGUAGGGAGAGUGAGUCGGCUAUUGGGGGAUUGUCGUUGACAGGAUGUCUCGCUGAUUUUUCUGUCUACAUAUUCCAUCCCUAUGGGGGUGGGAAGAAGUCGGGGCUGAAGGAGACACAGUGGUCACCCCUGUCAGACAGCGAGAGGAAGGAUUCUCUCAGUAUCAAUGUUGAGUUUGUCAAAGUCAAUUUAUCCAGAAGCAGAAAAUUGAAGUUUCACAGUGAACAGUUGAGCAAAGGGGGAGACACCAGCAGAGCUGUCAUCAGGUUCUCCACGAUCGUGGACAUUGGCUCUGCUUCCUUCAAGUACGAUAUGAGAAGAUUGACGGAAAUUCUAGCUUUUCCAAAGGCCUGGUACAGGCGAAGCAUCGUCAGGAGAUUAUUCCUGGGUGAUUUGAGCUCGGGAAUGGCUUCCUACGAAGGCGAAAGCAGCCCCUUGCUGAAUCAGGAGGAGGCAGCUAUGGGUUCAUCCCUUUUGAAACAUUGUGAUAAAUAUCCCCCUGGGGAUAUGCUCUCUAAAAGUGCUCCUGAGCCGAGUCCAACAUUGACGAGAGACAAAUUGAGAUUAAGUUUUGAUAAUGAAAUUCCUAGGCAGACCAGGGGACUCAAGGACAUUGGGAGGGGCUGGAGUUUCACUUCGUCGGAUAAAUUUAGUACUAAUUCGGGGGUUAAAAUAAGGGAGUCAGCGUGGGAGACUCUGGUGCUAUUUGCCAUUAACUUUACUAAAUUGAAUGUACAUAUGAAUAUGGGAAAUGUCAUGGGGAACGUCGCCUGGAUGACGAAGGACUUUCGUUCCGAUGGAAGAUUGUCAAUUGGAAGUACUGGACACAAGAAUCUUUACAUUGGAAUUGGCCUUGGGGGCUCGAGUCUCGACGCCAAGAGUGGAUUCGUGGGUGGAACUAUUGAUCUCAGCAAAAUCGAUACCUACCUUCAUAUCAGGGAGGAGCCUGGCAUUGAGCCUGACCACACACUGGGACUGAAACUCUUCGCCCUGGAACUUAGGCUGGACUACAUGGGGACAAGUGUUCUCAUGACUAGGGUCUCCUCUCUGGACGUCACACUGAGGGACGAAUGGAAGAUCAGUAGAAGUAACUCUGGUGAUGCCUUCAUGCCCACCAGAAGACCAGCGAUCAUCUUCAUGCAUGGGGAUCUUGGUUGGGACCAACUGCAGAUCAUGAUCUCCAAGUCGACGACUGCAGACCUCCUGAAGAUGUUUUACAAGUUAGAGGAGUUCUUCAGUCAACAGUUCAAGAGCAGUAAAAGGGUGUUCAGUUCGCUGCAGCCGAAGCAGAGAACCAGCACCAACAGCUUCAAGAAGAAGGGGCAGAAGAAGAGGACGACCCUUGAGGGGCCCUGGAUCAAUCAGACAGCUCUCUCUGAUGCCAGGCAUCACAGACACUGGCAGAGGGUUCUUGCUCAAGUGGCUGGGCUGCAACUCGGCAGUUUGAGGUUCUCUUUACCCAGCAAUGGAACUGUUCUUGGGGGAACUAUGGAACUGCAUGGAACCAACAUCAGCUUGGCAUGUUUUCAUGGGAUCAACUUCAAGAGUAAAAACUGGGCUCUGUUUUCGUUGAAGGAGCCCUGCAUUAGUUUCGCAACUGAGGCACAGGAGAUUCCAAAUGUCGAAUCCCCCAGCACCUGCGAUGUUCAUGUCGUUCAGACUCUGACGGUUUCCCUGGGGCAGCAGCAGGAGCAACAUGCCAGGCAUCACUCCAUGGCGACUGUCUGCAAGCUCAGCAGAAGUGUUCUCUUCCCUCCGCAGUUCAAGAGCCUUCAGGAGUGGUUUCAUUACGCUUUUGCUAAUAGUGAGAUCGAUGCUGUGGACAAGUUCCCCUGUGUUGAGAGGGAGAGGACUGAGCAGAGCGCUGAAGGGACCACUGGCGCCAGGGGCAGGAGCACAUCCUCUGCCUCUGGGAAGCUCCAGGAGCACUCGCAUGGCAGGGAAGUCAUCUUCGCUCUUCCUUCGUUGCAGCUGCAUCUCAAAACCGAACAUCUCCAGACUGCUAAGACUCCUGAUGUCAUUGGACUGCCUAAACAUAUUUUGUAUAGUGAAAAACCACUGGUUGAGUGCAGUUUUAUCACUGAAUUCGAGGACCACAUAUUCGUAACAGUGGAUGCAGAGGCGUUCUUCUUCCUUCACGAUCUCAUAACUUCAUAUCUCAGUGAAAGAGAGAGAGUGCAGUCGAUGGGCCCAGGGGGAAGGGCCCACAGUCCUGAGAGCCACGACAAGAGGACUGGACCCUCGAGCUCAUCAAGUGCAUCAACAGCAUCAGCAAUGACUGAGGACGAGAGGAGGAGAAAACAGUUCGAUCCAGCUGAGAUGUUCAUCAAGGACUGGCGUUCGUACAGAUGUAAAACGUGGCAUCUUGAGCCAACAGUGAGACUUUUAUCGUGGGCUGGCAAGAGUAUCGAGCCUUAUGGCAUUGACUACAUCCUCCAGAAGCUCGGGUUCUCCCAUGCACGCACCACUAUUCCAAAGUGGAUGCAGAGGGGCUUCAUGGAUCCCCUCGACAAAGUCCUGGCCAUUCUUAUGUUAAGAAUGGUUCUGGCUGUUCGGGAAGAGACACCCGAGGACUCCAGGAGGGACAAAUAAGGCAGACUGUAGUUAUUUUAAAUUGAAAUAAUUUUUUUUAUGAAACAAAAUAGCUUUGGCAUCGACGAGAGCUCCGCAAACGUGAACAAUUGUUUGAUGCCAAUGUCGACAACUGUAUGAAGAUAAUAAUUCAUGUAAUUAGGAAAAUUUAGGUGCAAUUAUCAAGCAUUACGUGUCGUUAAGAAUGUGACCUCUCAUUUGAAUCAAUGAGGAUUUGUUUAUUUGGAACAAUGGAGCAAUGGUAUCGAGGAGUAAGGAUGUUAAUUAUUUAUCGAAUAAUUUCAUACUUGCGGGUGAUAGAUAGAGAAUCUAAGGAUAGCGCCGAUAGUUGAUAGGGAAAACGUCCAGUCGUUCCGUUCUGCACUUCAUAAAAUAGAUCAAUGAUUAAUGUUAACAUAUUUCAUCAUUGAUGGAACAAGAUACCGGUUUAUCUGUACAGCUGUUUGAAAAAUAAGUUUUUCACAUUUCUCCUCUUCCCCCCCCCCUCCAUAUAUAUAGUUUUUAUUACUAGUUGUAAUUUUUUUUUUCAUAUUAUCGUAUAUUUUUUUACCUUCGAUUUUUGUUUUCAAGUGCGUUUGUUUUCGUCUUCCUGUUUAUUUUUUUACGUCUCUAUCUCUUUUGUUAUUAUUUUUUCGAUGAUGGUGUGUCAGCAAUUUUGAAAAUGCAAUACACAAAUGUUCAAUGAAGUUCGUCGCUUCUGAGUCAAAUGAAAUAUGAAUUGUAAAAAAAUCGAGAAAUUGCAGGAAAAGAAAACGUAAAUCUACGAUUGUAAUUUUUAUUAUAAAUUAAAAUAGGUGAAAUUGACAGUGCAGUUUUUGUAUCGAUGGUUUUUCUUAUUUAUUUCUGUGAUUGGAAAUUUAUUAUUAAGUCCUGGUAAUGUAAUAGGAAAAUUUGUUAAUAAAUGUAUGAUCACACCA